AUGGAGGCGUUCCAGGAAAGGAUGCUGAAGGAGUUUGCGGAGAUCCGCGCCGCGCAGAGCAAGCUGCUCGCAGUCGACGGCCUCAGCGCACAGCUCGAAGCUCUCGACGCCAAGCUGACCGAGCAAGGAGCGCGGCUCGAUCAGGUGCAGGUCAAGGUGGAUUUGUCCUGCAACACGCUCGGUCAGGUGCAGCAGAGUCAGGCGCAUGUGGUUCGGAUGCACAAACAGCAGGGUGUGUCUGAGAUGGCGUCGCCGACGUCGUCCGAGGUAUCUGAUGGCAUUCUCGGAGCGGGACCUCGAUCGGUGGGGCGUCCUCCGCCACCACCUAUUCAGGUACCUGAAGUUCAACACGUGGAUCCGAAGAUGGAUUUUCCUAGGUUUGAUGGCACAGAGGUGCGCAUCUGGUUGGACAAGUGCGAAGCAUUUUUCAGACUGUAUCACAUUCCUGACAGUUUCAGAGUCACAUCGGCGUCUCUGUAUCUGUCAGAAAACGCUGCUCGUUGGUACCAGGCGUUCAAGCAGUCGGGGGAAUUUCAUACGUGGGAGCAAUUUCGUCAGGCAAUUCUGCUGGAAUUUGAUGUAGAUGUGUACAGGCAGAAGAUGAAGGAACUGAUGCUGCUGAAACAGGUGGAUACUGUCGAAGAGUAUAAGCAACAGUUUCUGCAACUGGUAUACACAGUGAAGCUGUAUGAACCCACCAUCAGUGAUACGUUUCUGGUCACGAGAUUUGUGUUGGGUCUCAAGGAGGAGCUUCGAUCUGCUGUGGAGUUGCAGAUACCAGGCACUGUACAAUUGGCAGCUCUCUAUGCAUCAGUUCAAGAAGGAUUGCUUCUUCAGCAGAAAACUCACAAAACCAGUGCUCCAAAAACUGCAUACACCAAGUCUGACAGUCGUUCUGGGCUAGCAGCUGGAGAGUUGUGGAAGGCAAAACAACUGAAGGAAUAUCGUAGAGCAAAUGGACUAUGCUACAAGUGUGGAGAGAAAUUUGUGCCAGGGCAUGUGUGUAACCAGAAUGCAGCAGGGGGUGCUCAGUUGAAAGCAGCUGAAGUUCUGACUACACAAGAAAUUAUUUCAGAUACAGUGUUGGAUGCAUUAGUAGCAGGAGCACAAGCAGAAUGUGCUACUAUUUCAGUUAAUGCUUUGUCUGGGGCACAAAACCCUAAAACCAUCCAGUUGAGAGCUCUAGUGCAGAACAAGGUGGUGUUGAUAUUAGUGGACUCUGGCAGCACACAUACUUUUGUGGACAAGGCUUUUCUGGAAAAAAUCUCAGUUACUGCUGAACCUCUGGUGACUCCUUUACAAGUGAAAGUGGCAAAUGGCAGUGUGAUCUCUUGCACUGAGAAAGUAUCUCAACUGACCUGGUGGAUGCAAGGGCACAGUUUCAGUAAUUCUAUGCAGGUUCUUCCCCUGGGAGGCCAUGACAUUAUUUUGGGAAUGGAUUGGCUGGAACAAUGGGGUGUCAUGCAGUGUCACUGGACUGACAAGUGGAUACAAUUUCAGUAUCAGGGCAAGGAAGUCAGAUUACAAGGUGUGCUGCCUGUUCAACAAGAAAAUAUUGAAGAGAUAUCUGCUGAUCAGUUACUGAAAUGGGAGAAAGGGAAUGAAGUGUGGGCUACUGCUCUGUUAAAUCGCAUAGUAAUGGCUCCUGUUACAGAAAUUCCUCAAGAAGUGAAACAAGUAUUGGACAAAAACAAGCAGGUGUUCCAGGAACCUACAACCCUGCCCCCACAUAGGGCUUUUGAUCAUAAAAUAAAUCUAGUACCAGAUGCUGCUCCUGUAAACUGUAGACCAUACAGAUACUCUCCUUUACAAAAAGAUGAGAUUGAGAAACAGGUGAGGGAAAUGUUAGAUACUGGUCUAAUUACACCCAACAUCAGUCCUUUUGCUGCUCCAGUGUUGUUGGUCAAAAAUAAAGAUGGGACUUGGAGGUUCUGUGUGGAUUACAGAAAACUGAAUGCAAUUACUGUAAAAAAUAAGUUUCCAAUGCCAGUAAUAGAUGAGAUUUUGGAUGAGUUAGGAGGAGCAAAGUGGUUCUCUAAAUUGGAUCUCAGAGCUGGUUAUCACCAGAUAAGGAUGAAAGAAGAAGAUGAGUAUAAAACAUCAUUCAAAACUCAUCAUGGGCAGUUCCAAUUCAGAGUUAUGCCAUUUGGAUUAGCCACUGCUCCAGGAACUUUUCAGUGUGUUAUGAACUUUGCUUUUGCAGGGGCCAACAGAAAAUAUGUACUGGUCUUUAUGGAUGACAUACUGGUGUUCAGUGGCACUUUAGAGGAGCACAUUGAACAUCUGCAGUCAGUAUUUGAUAUACUGAAGGAAAAUCAGCUGUUUGUGAAGGAGAGUAAAUGUGCUUUUGCUCAACAGUCCCUUGAAUAUUUGGGACACAUCAUUUCUGACAAAGGUGUGUCUACUGAUCCUGCUAAGACUGAAGCCAUGCUACAAUGGCCAGUACCAACAUCUGUCACUGAAUUGAGGGGUUUCCUAGGCCUUACUGGAUAUUACAGAAAAUUUGUGAGGAACUAUGGGUUGCUGGCAAAACCUUUGACUGCCCUCCUAAAGAAGCAAGCAUUUGUGUGGUCUAAGGCAGCACAGCAAGCUUUUGAAUUGCUAAAGCAGGCCAUGGUCAGUACACCUGUGUUAGCUUUGCCAAAUUUUGACAAGACUUUCACUAUGGAAACUGAUGCAUGUAACACUGGGGUAGGAGCUGUACUGUCUCAAGAAGGGCACCCUGUGGCAUACUACAGCAAGGCACUGGGCAUACAAAAUCAGAAGAAAUCAAUAUAUGAGAAGGAGUUUUUGGCAAUCAUGUUGGCCAUUGAUAGAUGGAGAUCUUACUUAAGCAGAGCACCUUUUGUGAUCAAAACAGACCAUCAAGGUCAGUGUCACUUGGGAGAUCAAAAUCUUACAUCUGAUCUGCAAAGAAAGGCAAUGACAAAACUUGUAGGACUGCAAUUCUCCAUACAGUACAAAAAGGGGGUAGAAAACACUGCUGCAGAUGCUUUGUCCAGAGUAGCCCAUUUGUUUGUUGUGCAAAGUGUGUCCACCAGCAAACCUGUGUGGGUACAGGAAGUUCUCAACUCAUAUUUUGUGGACCCAGAGGCCCUGGCAAUGUUACAAAAGUUAGCUGUAGAUUCUACAGCCUGUCCUGGUUUUCAACUACAGGAAGGUCUUCUGAAACAGGACAGCAAGAUUUGGAUUGGAGCGAAUGAGGGCCUGAAAACAAAACUGAUUCAGGCAUUUCACUCCACUCCAGUGGGAGGCCACUCAGGCAUUCUACCAACAUACCACAGAGUUAAACAACUGUUUAGUUGGAGAGGGAUGAGAACAGAUGUGGAAAAUUUCGUCAAGCAAUGUGGUGUAUGUCAGCAAGCAAAACAUGAGUUGUGCAACUCACCAGGUCUGUUACAACCACUACCCAUUCCUGACAGUCCUUGGCAGGCCAUCAGUAUGGAUUUCAUCGAAGGAUUGCCAAAGUCAGAAGGAUAUUCAGCAAUUCUGGUAGUAGUAGAUCGUUUCACAAAGGUCAGCCACUUCUUACCAUUGAAACAUCCUUUCACAGCAGCCUCUGUUGCAAAGAUAUUUCUCAACAACAUUGUGAAACUGCAUGGACUACCCCUGGCAAUUGUUUCAGACAGACAUAAGAUUUUCACUAGCUCCUUUUGGAAAGAAUUGUUCAGGAUAUGGGGCACUGAAUUGCAAAUGAGCACGGCUUACCACCCCCAGACUGAUGGCCAAACAGAACGGGUCAAUCAGUGUUUGGAAAUGUACCUGAGAAAAUUAGCUCUGAAGUAUUUUGGACCUUACAAGAUAUUAGACAAGGUGGGCAAUGCUGCAUACAGGCUGGAGCUGCCCAGAGGAAGCCAGGUACAUCCGGUUUUCCAUGUAUCUCAGCUCAAGAGUCAUGUGCCAGACCACACUCCGGUGUUCACCACUCUGCCAGUUCCGAUCGAUCUAUCUGUCCCUGGGGUUGUACCUGAAGAAAUCCUGGAUCGGCGUCUGGUCAAGAAAGGGAACGCAUCCCACCUUCAAAUCUUGGUCAAGUGGUCGAAAAUUCCCGCGGCCUCAGCUACUUGGGAGGAUUACGAGGUAAUCAAAGAGCAUUUUCCGGCAGCACCAGCGUGGGGACACGCUGGAUCUUCAGGGGCGGGAACUGUAAGUGCAGAGGAGACCACAACACACGCGAUCAAGGCGACCAAGGCGCGAGAAGUUUGA